GCCGUGGUAAAUAUUUUGAUUUUAAGGUAUUAGAAUUUAGAAACUUCCGCAACAUUUAAAUGUGUACACAAAUAAAUACAUAUUAUUAAAUUGAAACAACAAUGAAUACUUCUAGAGGUAGAGGAAGUACAAAGAAUUGGUGUCGAACGACCGAGAAGCAGCCAUACGCAGGAGUACCCUCCACAGAUUAUGAAGAUUCCCACAGCGAAAAAGCAUGGAAAAAGGUAUUAGAGACAGUAAUGUGGAAAGGAACGCAUUUGUACGAAUCGGUCAAAUCUGUGCCAAGCCCAUAUAUCUUAGUGUUGCUAGCAAUCUACUUACUGCUUGGAUACCUGGUGCAGCUGAACGAAGACGCAAUGCCGGCUGUUAUCAAGAUAGCAGACGUAUCACCGGAUGAUACUGGGACGUUCAGCGAAGAGUCAGGGAUGAGAUACCUCGAUAUAAUCCUAGGGGAUGCGCCCAGAGUGGCCGGAACGCCAUAUCAUCUCAACAAAACUGUAGACUUGAAGAACGUUCUCGACGAUAUCGCGUCAAAAUCUGUGCAACGAGUCAUGACGGAUUGGCAAUUUGUGUCGGGUGACUAUUGGAUAGAGUUCAAGCCGCCGUACGUCAACAGCUACACCAAUCUGUCGAACAUCGUCGCGGUGCUAGUUGGAGAGAGUGGGACCGAGAACGAUACCCUGGGGAGUUCCUUACUGGUCAACUGUCAUUAUGACUCGGUGCCGUAUGCCAUCGGCGCAUCGGAUAACGGCUUAUUUUGCGCCGCUAUGGUCGAAGUACUAUCGCGGCUCUCCAAACGCCGGACCAAAUUGAAACAUAACGUUAUAUUUCUGUUUAACGGAGCGGAAGAGAAUCCACUGCAAGGUAGCCACGGUUUUCUGUCCCACCCAUGGGCAAAAGGUGUGACAAACGUCAUAAACCUGGAUGCAGGUGGGAUGAAUGGGAAGCCCAUUCUAUUUCAAGUCACAGACCCCCGACUUCUGUCAGCCUACUCUAAGUUACGACGACCGAACGCACAGAGUAUUGGCCAGUUUCUCUACAGUACGGGGAUCGUUCCCUCCGACACAGAUUUUAGGAUAUGGAAGCAAUUCGGCGGAAUACAAGGAAUAGACAUGGUGUUCAUAAAGUGGGGUCACGUGUACCACACCCGUAAUGACAAAACAGAAUAUAUCAAGCCCGGGGUGAUGCAGAACGCCGGUAAUGAUCUGAUCACGCUCAUUCUGAACAUAGCUGAUGAUGAGCGGUUUAGCAGUAAGACGGAGCCAGACUCUGCCGUGUAUUAUGACGUACUGAAUCUGUUCAUGAUAACCUACUCCAUGUCUACCGCAAUGUUGGUGGACGUAUCAGUUUGUCUGUUGUCUUUGCUUACGGCUCUAUAUUAUCUGUGGCUCGUUGGGUUCCGAUGGUCGAGUGUGCAGGAGUUAGGUUGGUCGAUUUUGGGUAGAGUGUUGUCUGUUCUCGGCGGGGUCAUCGUUGUGGCAGCUUUUACUGCCCUCAUGGUGGCUACUACUGUCCAAAUAAGGUAUCUGAGUAGACCAUGGCUGGUGGUACCACUUUAUUGGAUCCCCUUCUUCGUGACCGCUGUAUGCGUGGCGCACGGGUUCGACGCUUGGCGGACGAGGAAGACAGGAUUGAAUCGCAGUAUCCGCUGCAUACAAGCCCAUACCGCCACUCGCGUGCUACUCACCGUGUUGCUGUUGCUGAUGCUUGUAUCGCCGUCUCUCUCGCACGCGCGCUAUAUCUUUAGCACUAUCCUGCUCUGCAUGAGCGUCGGAUCUCUCGUCUCAAUCACUCUUGUGAGAUAUGUCAGGAUGAGUGGUUGGCAGCACCUGACGUUGGAAGUAUUGCUGUCUCUGUUACCUACGCUGUUCGCUAUAUCACUGUCGCUGCGUGUGGGCGCGGUAAUGUUGCCGGUAAUGGGACGCACGCCGCGUGGCAACCCUGACUAUAUCAUAGCGGCAAUAAGUAUUCUGUGCUGUGUGCUAGUUGCAUUGCCAGUCUCAGGAACAGAGCUACUGUUUUCAUCAAGACGGCUGCUAACUGUGGCGUCUGUUGCAUGUGUGGCUAUACCAUGUGUGGCGAUCAUGUUCAUACCAUUCAGCCCAUAUGAAGACGACGGCGUGGCAAUACAGAGGCACCAUUGGUUUCACACAGAGAUAAAGUCGUUCACGCGAGAGGGCGUGGUCUCUGAGCGCGAGUCCGGCGUGCUCGUGAGUAAGUGGGACGUCAACAACGUGCCCGCUGCGCUCGCCGUGGCGACCCGCGCCGGCCUCAACUCACGGUGGGGCUUCCACGACGCAUGCGAUCGACACCCCACCUGCAACCUGCCCAUCUACAGGCCCAGGUUCACCCCCUAUCUGAAGGACAGUCUGUUUAUAUACACAGAUCCUCCUCACAGCUACCAGCACUAUUUAAAUCUCCGCAACAAGACCUGCGAGGCCGACCUAUGCCAUCUACAUUUCGAUAUGACGGGUGCUGCACACAACACCCUCGUGAUCCAUCCUUACAACAACACGCGGCUCGUGGCGUGGUCGCUCCACAGCGCCGUGCGAGCGAGCACUCAGCUCCACGGACGAGACGUGUUCGUGAUCGUGCACUCAACCGCCACGUGGGCACCGAACCUGCCCGCACUGCCCUUCUCACUAACCUUCAACGUGUCUGGAUCUGACCACCUGUCACCUGUGACGUCAGUGUCGCACCACGCCCACCUGAUCCAUGCCCCCGAUCUCCGCACGGACGGCUUCAACAGACUUCUACACUUGGCGCCCAAAUACUUCGACAUCAGCUCAACUAUAAGCUAUCUAACUAAUUAUAUAUUCUAACGAACGGCUACUACGCCCAUUCCAUUUCAUUUACGUAUCAAACUGACCAUUUGUAUAUGAAAAUGAAUAAUUAUUUACAUUUUUACUAUUGCAUUGUCAAGUGAUUACUUGCCAAACAAUUUGUUAUGUUUUUAAAGUGAUAUUCCUCGCUUCUGGGAUUAAUACACAAAUAAAAUUUGAAAACGAAAUUUUAUGAACGAUGCGGGACUCGAACCCACGACCUCUCGCGUUCAGUGUGAGUGUUCUUCCAACUGAGCUAACCGUUCGGGUUAUCGUUUAUAUAAUUUUGUUUUCAAAUUUUAUUUGUUGAUUACUUACCAAUUAAAAAAUAAUGAAAACACCAAAGGCAUAGUCUGUUACUACAGGUGUUUUCCAGUUAUUUCGUCCUGAUGGAGAAUGUAAAGCUCUGCUCUGUAACUGAGGCGAAUAACGCGCGGGAAGCGGGAUGCGUUUUAGCGUAAUUCGAUCGCACGCUUAGGCUAGGGUUACUAUAGAUGCGAGUUCUGACGAAAAUUUGUUCUGACGAGUUCUGACGGAUUCGUCAGAAGAAACAAACGCCUGGUAUCCAAUGACAGUGUUUACACUGGCAACGACGAACGCGUCAGAACAUGCACGACGUCGUCAGAACCACUCGAGCGUUCAAACGAGUUUGAUUUUUUCGCACCACCUGCGUCUGCAAAUUUCGAGUGAUUUGGUUUCCACCAUGGAUAACGAUGAAUUGAUCAGUCUCGUGCACGAGAACAGGUGUUUGUGGGAUAUGAGAGACAAAAAUUAUCACAACAGAGAUAUUUCUCGGCAAAAGUUGCUACAGAACUCAACACUAGCAGUAAGUAAAAUUUCGAUUUCGGACGUACUCGUCAGAACAAAUUUUCGUCAGAACUCGCAUCCAUAGUAACCCUAUCCUUAGCCUCUCAAACUUACGCUUCUCGCGUGUCAUUUUUGGUUGUACAGUGGAGAAACAUCAUCCAUUGUGAGAUCAAACAAUCCCGCCGGGCGUCCCGCUCUUGUUUCGCUUCAACUUGAGCGACUACUCGCGUCAAUUUGAACACGUUCAUACAAGUUAGCUGACACAAUCGUCGCGAGCGACUUCCGUCCCGUGUCCCGCGCGUUAUUCGCCUCAGUUUGAACAGAGCUUAAACCAGCCGAAGUGACAUACGUAACAAGGUUGCCAUAGGAAAGGUGAAUUUACUGAACUUAAUGAACAUGAAUUAUACGUACAGGUAUUCAAAUAGUGUGGAUAAUAUGUGAUACCAAAAAUAAACUAGUAUUUGUAUUAAAAUUAUUCGUAUUAAUAAUACACACUUAGCCAUUAUAAAUUAUUGAUAAUUAAUUACAAAAAAAUUUAAGUCUCCGUAUAUUCUGCCUCUGAUGAAAUGUUACCUGAAAGCCUACCAUCAACUUGUAAUUAGCGAUUCAAUUCCGAUGCAGUUCCGUUUAGGUACAUAAUCUGAAUCGCUGAGAUUCGUACAAUGGAGUGUCUAUAACUUCAUUCAGUUAUUGCGCCAUUGCGUUAGAAUCGCUUAUGGAAGAAUGAACGAAAGAAAUAAGUGUGUCGUCCGCGGUGUGAAAAAUUUUCACUAUUUUUUAAAAGUUAUCCACUAAGAACACACUUUCCGCUAAGAACGUAGCACCUUUUUUUGAAUCGCCCACUUUGACACAUAAGCUAUCCAGUUUAGGUUGAAACAUUACCUCAUGGUACGAAUGAAUGAACGAACUAAAACUGUUUGCGCUUCAAUUUCCAACUUGAUUUGACGUCAACCUAAAUUGGAUAGCUCUAAUGACGUCGUGGUAUGAAAUAGCAAAACGGUUAAUUUUAGGUCGUAUAUUGAAUCGCAAUUACAGCUCAUGGUAGGCCCGCUGAACUGUUUAUCACAAAUACAUCAAAGUUAUUAGUAUUAAUUUAAAAUUAUUUACACAUAGAAAUCAUUGCAGUUUUUUCUUUCUAGAUAUUAAAAUUUUGUUAUUUUUUUAUUAAAUUUAUAAAGUAAUUAAGGUUUUAAUUGAGGACAAUAAUAACGAACGAUAAAUUAUGGUUGUGGUAAUAACUAUGUCAGUAAGUUAAUGUUUUAUUAAUAAGAUAUAUUACAGAAAGAAUAAAUAGGUUUAUCAAAUUGUAUUAUUCUAAGGUAAGAUAUUUUUAACCCAUUGUGCAAAGAGAAUUGGCGAUAGAUAAUUAGACAUUGAUAUUCGAACUACUGUUAAAUAGUUGUACCUAUUAGUGUGUAUUUAAACUAUUCAAAACAAGACGGGCCACUAAGAUUUGUUACGGGCCACUAUUACAGCAAAGCAUGUGAAAGAGUAGAGGCAUUGCAUUGUAUAACUUAUGUAUCUAUAAAAAAUAAUAUUGGUUACAAUUUAGGCUAACAAUUGCUUAAAAAUAAUGAUCAUCAAAUUUUUUUUAAAACUAUAUAAUGAAAUUGACCAUUUUUAAUUCAAAACAUGAACAAAAGAAAGGAAAAAUGAAAGAUACUGUUCUUCUCAAUUGUGUUUCUUCUUUUUAGUAAUGAGUAUGUCCUCCUCUCUUAGCAAUGCACUCCUGAAGCCUCGCAUACAUACUCUGGCUGAAAUUCGCCAUACUCUGGAUUGAUGGCAUUUUUAAAAUAUUUUAUUGAGACGCAAACUGAUCUGUCACAGACGAUGAUAAUUCUCAUAAUGGCCGCCUAUCGGCCUGUAGUAGUGUAAAUAAAAUUAUUUUCAUUUGUUUUUUAAUUUUUGAAAAACUAUAACACAAAGCUACACCAUAAUCGUGGUGAAAAUUAUUAUUGUAAAAAUUACUUGCACGACCAACAAAACUAUUGUCUACAUAACAACUAGAACAAGAAUCUACAUGAAAUAAUUCGUUUGAAUGACGUGCGAUUUUGAGGGCGAGGUAUUUUUAUGUUGAUACAUUGCAACAACCUGGGACAAUAUUAUUAAUUAUUUUGUACAAAAUAACAGUAUCAAUAAUAUGACGUUGUUUUUCAAGAUCUUCAAUUCUAUGUCUGUUUCCCGAUAUGUCAUAAUCAGUAUAUAUAUUACCGGUUUUAUAAUCUGAGGCCUUCGUAAAUUUCUUUCGCUAUAUUAAGAACACUCUUUCUUUUAUCUGUUUUUUCUGACUUGGCUGGUCGUCCUGAUUAAAUCCUUUCGCUGCAUGGCAGACAUCUUGCUUUGCGGCGAGCGAUCGAUGUUGGUUGUGCAUGAAUUUUUUGAGAUCUUCUUCGGAUAGUUUUUUCAACAAUAAAUGAUACAAUACUUGAUGGAGUUUGUAGCUUCGAUAAAUUAGAUAAAAACUUAGUAAGAAUGUUUGUAUAUGCAGCAUUUGAAUCCUUUUCCAAGAUAUCAGUAAUUCUUUGCCACUGAGCUUUAAUAUUCUGAACAGCAUUGGCAAAGCAUUCAUUGUCGAUGGUUACACGGUUUUCAGCUCAAUUUAUUGAGAAGUUCAAAAGUGUCUGGUACUUCAUCAUCUGGUGUAAUAGAAUCACUUUAGCUCUUUUCAUUAUUUGUCCUUGAUUCACCCGUCUUUUCAUUAUUUGUGCUUGAUUCACUCGGAAUUUUUUUAAAGAAUGACGGUGAAAACUGGUCACCCAGAGCGAAUUUUGCAAAUUGUUGACGAUCAGAGUCAUUCAAAUGUAAUGUAAUGAUGUCGUAAGUACACUCCCAUGUUUUCUCUCUACAGCACAGAGAUCAAUCUUUGCGCUGUUUCUACUACUUGAGACAAAUAGCCAGUCAUAGAUUCACUGGUUUCUACGCGGAUGGAAAUAAAUGUUCGGAGUAAACUGAUUCUCCUAAUCCGGUGUCAAUCAAAAAGUUACUUCAAUUUUUAAUGUACGAAUAACGAAGGUUCGAUGGUCAUAACUACCUUGGAUUUGAUGAAAUAUUGUCCAAAACAAUGCUUUCUAACAUCAUAAACUUUUUGACCGUGAACGCUCAAUCGUAAUUUUGUCGCCCUUUUAAUUUCAGGACAUUAAGCAGACGACAUUUUUAACGAAAAUUUAAGCCCAUGGAAAGGCAUUUCAUAGAGAAUUCAUGCCUAUUAUUUAUAAAUGUAAAAAGGAUAAUUAUUCAGUGUUAUAUUAUUGUCCUUUUUUUCAUUAUUAUUGAUUAAUUCCAUAUCCAAUAGGUUUCAUACUACUAUUUUUUUUUGGUUUUAAAAAUUUUCGACACUGGUCUAUAAUAUCCAAUUUAUUUUUUUCUUAAAAUGAUGGCCAGUACUUUUACUAAAGUACAUUUAAAUAUAAAUAAGCUAGUGGCCCUUAUAAAGUUUUAAGUAGUAACCAAAAUAUAUAUAUUUUUAAAUAAUUUAUAUCAACUAUAUAAUG